GUUGUUAUUUAUACUUUUAAUUAACAUUUAUAAAUUUCCUAAUAUUUUUGACUUGAAUAAUGGAGUCAAGAAUUACAAAAACAUCAACAAUUAUUGAGGGUCGUGAAAUAUGGUCUGGAAAACUUGAUUUUUUACUAUCCGUCAUCGGAUUUGCUGUUGAUUUAGCAAACGUUUGGCGCUUUCCUUAUCUAUGCUACAAAAAUGGUGGUGGUGCAUUUCUCGUCCCUUACUGUGUGAUGCUGGUUGUUGGUGGAAUACCACUUUUCUAUAUGGAACUUGCCCUCGGGCAAUUCAACCGGAAAGGUGCUAUUACGUGCUGGGGACGACUUGUACCACUUCUCAAAGGAACUGGAUAUGCUGUUGUUUUAAUAGCAUUUUAUGUUGAUUUUUAUUACAAUGUUAUUAUUGCCUGGGCACUUAGAUAUUUUUUUGCAUCAUUUACAAGUAUGUUACCAUGGACAUCAUGUGGUAAUUAUUGGAAUACACCAUUGUGUCGUGAAUUUGGAGCUAAUAAUACAUUACCAAAUUUAGCUAAUCAUUAUAAUGGUAAUUUUGAUGAUUUUAAUUUCAUCAAUGAUACCAAUUUAACUGUUAUUGAUGAUAAUACAACUGAUACAAAAUAUACAAGUGCUGCACAAGAAUAUUUCAAUCGAGCAAUAUUAGAACUUCAUAAAAGUGCUGGACUUCAUGAUCUUGGUGAAAUUAAAUGGGAUAUUGCACUUUGUUUAUUGAUUGUUUAUCUUAUUUGUUAUUUUUCACUUUGGAAGGGUAUUUCAACUUCUGGAAAGGUUGUUUGGUUUACUGCUGUUUUUCCGUAUGUUGUACUUUUGAUUCUUUUGAUACGUGGUGUAACAUUACCAGGAAGUGCACAGGGUAUAAAAUAUUAUUUAAGUCCAAAUUUUUCAGCAAUAACAAAAGCAGAGGUAUGGGUUGAUGCUGCAACACAAGUUUUUUUUUCACUUGGACCUGGUUUUGGAGUACUUUUAGCAUAUGCUAGUUACAAUGAAUAUCAUAAUAAUGUUUACAAAGAUGCUUUAUUGACGAGUAUUAUUAAUAGUGCAACAUCAUUUAUUGCUGGUUUUGUAAUAUUUUCUGUAUUGGGAUAUAUGGCACAUGCAAGUGGUAAACCAAUUGAAGAAGUUGCUACUGAAGGACCAGGUCUUGUGUUUAUUGUUUAUCCAGCUGCAAUUGCAACAAUGCCUGGUUCAAUUUUUUGGGCACUUAUUUUUUUUAUGAUGCUAUUGACACUUGGAUUAGAUAGCUCGUUUGGUGGUUCUGAAGCAAUCAUCACAGCUCUAAGUGAUGAAUUUCCAUUGAUUGGAAAUAAUCGUGAAAUUUUUGUUGCUUGUCUUUUUACACUUUAUUUUAUUGUUGGUCUUGCAUCAUGCUCACAGGGAGGAUUCUAUUUUUUUCAUUUACUUGAUCGUUAUGCUGCUGGUUAUUCAAUGUUAUUUGCAGUACUUGCUGAAACAAUUGCUGUAAGUUGGAUUUAUGGAACAGACAGAUUUUGUGCUGAUAUUAAAGACAUGAUUGGUUUUUCACCUGGUAUUUAUUGGCGUGUUUGUUGGAAAUUUAUUGCUCCAAUAUUUAUACUUUUUAUAAUUGUAUAUGGUCUUUUGGGAUAUGAGCCAUUGUCAUAUGAAGAGUACACAUAUCCAGCAUGGGCAAAUAUUAUUGGCUGGCUGAUAACGUCAUCUUCAAUUGCCAUGAUACCUGGAAUUGCAAUUUACAAAUUAAUAUCAACACCUGGUACAUUUUGUCAGAGAAUGAAAAUUUUAACAACACCAUGGCGUGAUACCCAACAUUCACAACCAUCAAAUACAACAAGAUCAGCUGUUUGUUCAAUUGCAAAUGGUGCUAUUAGAACAAGUUUACUUGAUGAAAGUGAAUAUGAUUAUUCAAAAGAUCAAUCAAAUGAACAACUGGAAGUUGUCUUUGACGGUAUUCAAGAUGGUGAUCCAGCUCCUGAUUUUGUCUAGGACAACACCAUUGUUAUUUUUCAUGGAUCAAGAUUUCGUAUUUAUCUUUGUUAAAUAUAUUAUUAUUUAUUUCUUUUUUUUUUUUUUUUGUAAUUUUAUCUAAAAGAUAAAAUAGAAUUUUAAGACAAAGAAAUUUACUUUUUAUUUGUAAUAAUUUAAUUGAUAUAGUGCCCUUAAAUAAAUAAGGGCAUAAUGCUGUGUGGACUAUAGAAAUAGUAUUUAAAAAACACAACAUCGACAAGAUGAAAAAUUAAUAGAAAAAAUAUAAUUAUAAAAUAGUUUCAAUUGAGAUAGUGAGAUAAUUAAAUUAUAAAAAUAGUUUUAAAAUAUAUAUGAGAGAUUUAUUGUUGUGAGUUGUGAAAAUAUUGUUAGUACUAAUGAAAAAACAAAAAAAACAAAUUUAUAAAUUUUAAAUUUAUAAAAAAAAAUAUAUUUUUUACAUUGCAUCUGAGCUACAACGACAGCCAUAGUAUGUAGCUCGGGCUUUGUUGACCAAUUAUUGAAUCGAAAUCGUUAAUGGCACCAGAAAAAUUUACGAAAAAUACGGAGACAUUUAUGGGGUUUUCAUACAAUCGCAUUGCAUUAAAUGUUUUUCUUGUAUAUGGUGCCAAUAGCGUUAACGUAAUUAAAUUAUAUUUAAUAAAUAUAAUAAAUGUUAAUAUAAAAUUAUAUUAUUUUCUAUAUAUAUAUAUGUAUAGAGGAAAGUAGCCCAGAACUAGCACACUGUUUACAUGUAUUUAGUUAAGAAAAAAAAGGGCCUGUUUUGGGCCACUGUCCUCUAUAUCUGUUGGACUAGUGUAAAGUUAAUUUAAAAAAUUAAUAAAUAUAUAUAUAAAUUAUAGAAUGAAUAAAUGAUGAUUCGAGAGUCAUAUUGAAUCAACAUUUUACAUGAAAAAUGAAUUUAAAUAAAUAUAAAAAUCAUUGACAAUAAGUUUAAAGUAACCUUGGUGAAAAAAUACGGAGAUAUUAUGAAAACAAUUUGGAAAUUACUCCGUAAAUAUCUCCGUAAAUUUUUUAUUAGAAAAAUCUCUUUCUGGGGGUCUCAAUUACGGAGAAUUUCGGAGAAAUUAUUUUCACCAGGGCAAAUAUAUAAAAACAAAAUAAUGUCAAAAAUUAUUGUAACAAAUGUUGAAUAAAUAAUCUUUAGAAAUA